GUCAAUACAUCCGCCGCCCCAGUUAUAGCCCAAUACGUCCCAACAUCAUCAGCUACCACAGCAGCAACAAUAAUGCGCCAUCCCACACUAACCCCCAUCGGUGCAUCAUCUGUCAAUAACGCUGGUGGACAAAUGAUUUAUACAACAUCAUCUGGCGAUGUUAUUACAGCCGGUUCACAAAAGAUCUACCUACAAAAAGCUCCCGUAUCCGUUACUUCAGGCACUCAGGGUGUUAAUAUCAUUAAUACAAGUAGUGGUCAACAAUUAACAGUACAAAAUAUUGCCGGUGUUCAACACAUAAGUUCGGCAACGGGUGGCAAUGGUUCGACAUCGACGGGUCCCUUAAUCGUUACGACAUCAGCUCGCAAUGCCGUUCAGCAGCUGUCGCAACAACAACAGCAACAACUGGUCGGUCAGGCGACACAACAAAUUGUUUGGCGUCAAAUAGGUUCGACAAAUGUAACGACCAAUCCUGCCGGUAUGUUGACGGGCACCGCAAAUACUGAUGGUACGGUUGCGGGAACUGGCAAUAAAAUAGUCUGGACAAGUCGUCCGGCUCAGAAGAGGCAGCUAAAUGGUCCCGAGAGCACAGACAUCAACAAGUUGCUAUUAAAUCGUAAAUUUUCACAACGAAAAAUUGUACAACAACAACCGCAAUUGUUGCAACAGCAACAACAAACACAAGAUGAUGAUUUGUCCGGUGUUAUGUAA